UGAUAUGUGGUUGCCAAGUAGCAGUAAAGAUGUUUUAAUAAGUUGUGUAGUUCGGGUUUUAGUUUUAAAUCCCCAGCUCCAUUUAACUUGUUAAGCGAUUUUACAGUUUUUUUGAACCACAUUCUUAAAGUCCAACUGUCGCCUCAUCAGUUGCUCUACGUCCUGAAGUAACGGAAUAAUGCGACCGUGAUUAAGUUAACGGUCAUACAGAAAGGAAUAGCGAUGAUCUGUCUGAAUGCCAGUAUUCUGCUUAAAUAGGUUAUGUGGGUAAUUACCCAUCACAGGCAUGAUAUUAACGGAGUCGGUUACCUACCAAAUAAGAAUUUCCGAUAUAUGAGCGGAAGAUUUAUAAACGUGUAUUUAAUAGCAAAGUACCUGAUGGAGACGGACAUCCUAUGAAACAGUGUUUCCGCUGAGUCGUUCAGUCCUCACAUUGAGGAUUAAGCGAUGGAGUCUGAGUUGCUCCUUAGCUGGAAGAAUGAACGGGCUGAGCUUGCGGCAGAAAUAUCAGGGCUGCAGGAUGAGCUGGCGGGAAGUCAAGCGGUGAACGAGGAGCUGCGCUUCCGGAGCCAAGCACUGACAGACAGGCUAGCUCAGUCUGUAGAGCCGUCUUCCUCCAUGUCGAUACGCUUGGACACCGAGCGGCGUGAGUGGAGGAAGAAGCUGAUGGAGAGUCGAGAACGGGAGUCCCGGCAGGCGUUGCUUGUGCACAAGCUGCAGAGCAAGGUGUUGGAAUACCGAGGGCGCUGCCAGCAGCUGGAGCAGCAGUUACUGACUGGCGAGAGAGAAUUACGCAAAAGGGAGAGGAUUAGAGAUGAACACAGUAACUCCUUGGAGAGUGCCCUCAUCAGGUUGGAAGAGGAACAGAACAGAAGUAUAGGACUGGCAGAAUUAAAUUCUUUUUUGCGGAGUCAACUCAGCAAAUCAGAACAAGCUAAUGAAGCACUGAGGGAAGACCUUUCUAAGCUGACAGCGGAUUGGUCCAGGGCAGUGGAGGAGGCGGGUCUGAAGGAGAAGGAGUGGCAGAAUGAAAGAGAGAUUCUAACAGGCCACAUUUCACAGGAGCACAACCGCCUGCUGACUGUAUGGGGUGGAGUGGUGAAGCUCAAACGAGAGUGUCACACUGUGAAGAGUGCCACCGACAGGGACCUCUGGGAGCUCCGGGCGUCGUUUUCUCGCCUCUCCUCCUCUCUGCUGUCCAGCUGCAGCUCCCUCAGCUCUCCUCGGGCCGUCGGAUCUGGCGGCACCUCUCCCGCGGACCAGGGGCAUGGCCGUGCAGCACAGCCGGUCUCCCCGUCACCCUCAUCCACAGUGGGGCCGCUUUCUCUGCAGGACCUGGAGCACAGCCAGAUGGAGAAGCAGCACGAGCUGCUGGAGCUGAGAACCCGCCAUGACGCUGAGACCCAGGAACUUCGGGGCCGGAUCACAGAGCUGUCAAUCUCCCUACAAGCCCAGGAAGGGCAAAGGGAGCAGGAGCGAGAGAGGGAGAGGCAGCUGGAAGAAGAGAGGGAGCAGGAGAGAGAGAGGGAGCAGGAGGCUCACAGGGAGGUGGAGAGAAACCUGGAAUCCAUUCAGCAGGCUGUGCUGACCCUGUCCAAAGCACUGAACUCCCAGUGUGUGGAUGAACAUAGUACGUCUCCUCUUUCUUUGGCUGACCUGCAUAGUGAGGGGCUUCACCCCGUCCUCAGUAUCAUUGCCCAAGCAGAGACUGCCCUCCGGUGGAGACAACAGGAAGUAGAGGAUGCUGUGUUGCCUCCAUCCUGUCAGGAGGCUGAGAUCAGUUUGCUAAGACUGGGGGAAGAGCGGCAAGCCCUCGAACAGCGUAUCAGAGCCCUGGAAAGAGAGGGAGAGGAGCUUCAGUCACAGGUGCAGCAGGGCAGACAGGAACUGAGAGAUACCCAGGAUAUACUGCAUAGUGAGAGGGAGAUAGUGAGCUCCCUGCGGAGUCAGCUGGAGGAGGUGAGCCGGCACAGUGAGGAGAUCAGGAAGGAGAAUGAGCGCCUGAGGCAGCAGAAAGAGAGGGAUGAAGAGGAGAGGAGGCGGCUGGAGAAGGAGAGCCAGGAGCGAUUGGAGGCAGAUAUGAGAGAAAGUGCCCAACUCAGCGAGAGAGAGGCACAGAGCCGGCAGGAGCUGCACUCCCUCCGGGGGGAGCUGGAGAGGGAGCAGCUGGCCCGGGCACAGGCCGAAGAGGAGGUCACCCAGACCAAGGAGGCUUUGACUAAAGCUCGUCAGUCGGCCCUUGCCCUGUCCUCCAGUCAGACGCAGCUGAAGCAGGAGGUGGCAGAGCUCGGCGAUUCCCUGCAGAAUAUGGCAGCCCUGAGCGAGGCGCUUGCGAGUGACAAGCGGGAUCUGAAUGUCCACACGCUGCAGCUGGAAACAGAGUUGGAAAACGCCCACUCGGCUCUUCAGAGUUUGGGGUCAGAGGUCACGGCUCUGCAUAGAGAGCUAAAGAUGGCAUCCCAGGAAACAACCAGUUUAAGGGCCCAGAGGAGUGCGGAGCUGGAGUCCCUACUGCACAUGGAAGGCAGGGAGAAGGAGCUGCAGAGGGAGAUGGAAAGACUGAAGGAGGAGGCAGAGAGGGAAACCAGUGUGUUGAUGGAGGAGAAGGAGAGGGCUGCAGAAAGACUGCAGGAGCUGAACGGACAGCAUGGCGCCGUGUGCAGGGAGCUGCAGGGUGCGCAGGCGGAGCUGGGCCGACUGCUGGAGCUGCAGAAGCGGGCUGAGCGGGAGAGGGAAGACCUGCUCAGGGAGGCUGAGCGGAUGGAGAGCAAGCUGCGUGCUCUGGAGCGAGAGAGGGAGGAGCUGGAGCAGGACCGGGAAGAGCUCAGGUCCCUGACGGCCUCCCUACAGCAGCACUUAGCCCAAACCCAGGAGCACGUUUCCGGCCUAGAAGUGCAUGAGGGCCAGCUGGAGGUGCAGGUUCAGAUGCUUCUGCAGACCAAGGAUGUGCUGCAAGGAGAAAUCCAGUGUUUGCAUGAGGAACUGGAGGAGGAGGUGGCCCAAAGAGCUGAGGAGAAGGAGAACCAGCAAGUAGAGAGAGAACAGAUUCACAGAGAGAUGGAGAGCAGGCAGGCAGAGCUGGAGAGGCUGAAAGCAGAGGUUGAGCAGGCUGUCAAACAGCAGAGGGCACUAGUGGAGGAAUGGGUAGAGGAGAGGGAUGUGUGGCAGAGGGAGAGGGAAAACCUGAGCACAGAGCUGGGACAGCGAGAUGGAGAGUUAGAGGCUCUGAGACACAAAAUGGAGGGAUUAACAAGACAAUUGGAGGAGACGUCAGGACAGCUGCAGGAAAGGGAUGCAGAGAUGGAGAGAAUUCUGACUCGGCAUGGGGUAGAGCAGAGGGCAGCUGAGCACAAGGCCAGGGAAGCCAGUGAUGAGGCAGACAUGUGGAGGGGGAGAGCAGAGGAGGAGCAGAGACAGAGGAAUGCAUUGAAACUAAGAGUAAAAGAAAAGGAGAUUGAAGAAUUAAGGGAAAAGGAAAGAGACCAAGAGAGAACAGCAGAAAUCCUGAAAGAGAAGGAAAUGGAUGUGAAAAAGAGGGAUGAGGAAAUAGGGAGGCUGAAGAGCACAGUGGGAGCACUGAAAGAAGAAAAGCAAAAGCUCGUAGUUGAACUGCAGAAACAAGAGACAUUGCAGGCCCAGGUGACUGUCUUAGCGGAACUCAAUUCACAGCUGAAGCAAAGGCAAAAAUUAAAGCUCGAAGAAGAAGAGGAGUGGAAGCGAAGAGAGGUAGAACUGAAGGAUGAAGAGGUGAGACUGAAACGAGAACUAGGACAGAAGGAGGUAGAGGUGUGUCAACUGUCAGGAAAGAUCCAAGAUCUUGAGAUGGAGAUGGAGAGGACCAGGAAAAAGCAUGAUGGAUUGCAAGAGAACUUUGACAUUCAUAUAAAACUCUUGAAAGUAAGAGAGAUGGAGGUAACAACUCUACGAGAAAGAGAGGAAGAGACUAAUGCUAAAUUAGUUUCAAAAGAACAGGAGAUAAAGAAACUUAGAGAGAAAUUGCAAGAGCUGGAAAUGUUGGCACAAGAACUCAGCAGCAAACUCAGGGAAACAGAAUCUACUCUGGAAAGAGAGAGGAGUCUGCGUAGAGAGAAGCAGGAAGAACUUCUUGACAAAAUCCAGGACCUGAACAUAGCAAGGGAAGAGCAGGAGAGAGAAAGGGAACUGGCACAGGAAGCCAAUGAAAAACAAGGGAAGCUGGAGAAGGAGGUAGAAAAAUUGAGAUAUUUAAUAACAGAGAAAGAGAGGAAAGUGAAAGAUGCUAUAGAAGAGAAGGAAAAACUAAAAAAGACACUAAAUCAGAAGGAUAGCGAGCAGGAGAAGCUGGUGUUCCAGCUGGCACAGCAACAUACUGAAGCAGAGAAGUUAAGAAUCAAAGUUGAAGAGCUUCAAAGAGAACGACAUGUCUGGUUAGAAGAGAGAGAAAACCAGAUAGAAAAAUUGGGGCAUCAGGUGAAGGAGUUGGAUGAGGACAGAGAUCAUCUUGCUGCAGAGCUGAGGUGGAAGGAGCAAGAGGUGAGGUCUCUGAAGGAUGAAGUGGAGAGAAUGAGGAGAGAAAAGGAGAAGGUAGAAUUGUCCGUGAAAUAUGUUGAGCAGGAAUUGAAGGAGGCAAGAGAAAAGGGGGAGACAAUUGGGGUGCAGCAGGCAGCACUGAAAGAAGAGGUGUUUGAGCUCACAAGGGCCCAAGACCAAGCCAGAGCAGAGAUCAGUGAGAGAGAGCAAGAAAAGCUGAAGAUGAGGGAGGAAAUUGAUGCAGUAAAGCAUCAGCUGACUACACUGAGGGAGCAGCUGGAGGAGUGUAACCAUGAAGGUCAGCAACUGAGAGCUGAUCUCCAGGAAAAGAGAGAGGAGCUACUGAAGUAUCAGCUGAAGGAUGAGGAGGUAUCAAGUUUGAAAGGGCGACUGCAAGAAAUGGAAUUGUUAGAACAGAAACUCACCAGCCAAAUGAAGGAGGCAGAAUCCAUCCUGAAAAGAGAGAGAAGUCUGCAGAGAGAGAAGGAGGAAGAGCUUCUUAACAAGAUCCAGGACCUAAACGUAGCAGAGGAACAGAGAGAGACAGAUAGACAAGCGGCCAACGAAAAGCAGGGGAAGCUCCAAGCGGAGGUGGAAAGAUGGAGAAGGCUGGUGAAAGAGAGAGAAGGGGAGGUUAAGGAGGUGAGAGACGGACUAGAAAAGGCUCUAAAUCAGAAGGAGAGAGAGCAGAAACACCUGGCAUUGCAGCUGGAAGAACGAAAAGCUGAACUGGAAAGACUAAAGGCGGAGGUGGAAGAACUGUUGAAGGGACGGCAUGUUCUGUUAGAGGAGAGAGGGAACCAGAUGGAGAAGUUGGGCCAUCAAGUAAAGGAGCUGGAAGAUGAGAGAGAUCAUCUCGCUACUGAGCUACGGAGGAAAGAGCGAGAGGCAGAGGCUCUGAGGGAUGAAGUGGAGAGAGCAAGGAGAGAAAAGGAGAAGGUAGAAUUGUCCGUGAAAUAUGUUGAGCAGGAAUUGAAGGAGGCAAGAGAAAAGGGGGAGAUAAUUGGGGUGCAGCAGGCAGCACUGAAAGAAGAGGUGUUUGAGCUCACAAGGGCCCAAGACCAAGCCAGAGCAGAGAUCAGUGAGAGAGAGCAAGAAAAGCUGAAGAUGAGGGAGGAAAUUGAUGCAAUAAAGCAGGAGCUGACUACAUUGAGAGAGCAGCUGGAGGAACGUAACCAUGAAGGUCAGCAACUGAGAGCUGAUCUCCAGGAAAAGAGAGAGGAGCUACUGAAGUAUCAGCUGAAGGAUGAGGAGGUAUCAAGUUUGAAAGGGCGACUGCAAGAAAUGGAAUUGUUAGAACACAAACUCACCAGCCAAAUGAAGGAGGCAGAAUCCAUCCUGAAAAGAGAGAGAAGUCUGCAGAGAGAGAAGGAGGAAGAGCUUCUUAACAAGAUCCAGGACCUAAACAUAGCAGAGGAACAGAGAGAGACAGAUAGACAAGCGGCCAACGAAAAGCAGGGGAAGCUCCAAGCGGAGGUGGAAAGAUGGAGAAGGCUGGUGAAAGAGAGAGAAGGGGAGGUUAAGGAGGUGAGAGAAGGACUAGAAAAGGCUCUGAAUCAGAAGGAGAGAGAGCAGAAACACCUGGCAUUGCAGCUGGAAGAACGAAAAGCUGAACUGGAAAGACUAAAGGAGGAGGUGGAAGAACUGUUGAAGGGACGGCAUGUUCUGUUAGAGGAGAGAGGGAACCAGAUGGAGAAGUUGGGCCAUCAAGUAAAGGAGCUGGAAGAUGAGAGAGAUCAUCUCGCUGCUGAGCAACGGAGGAAAGAGCGAGAGGCAGAGGCUCUGAGGGAUGAAGUGGAGAGAGCAAGGAGAGAAAAGGAGAAGGUAGAAUUUUCCUUGAAAUAUGUUGAGCAGGAAUUGAAGGAGGCAAAAGAAAAUCUAGAGACAAUUCAGAAGCAGCAAGCAGCACUGAAAGAAGAGGUGUUUGAGCUCACAAGGACCCAAGAACAAACUAGAGCAGAGAUCAGUGAGAGAGAGAGAGAAAAGCUUAAGAUGAGGGAGGAAAUUAAUGCAGUAAAGCAGGAGCUGACUACACUGAGAGAGCAGCUGGAGGAACGUAACCAUGAAGGUCAGCAACUGAGAGCUGAUCUACAGAAAAAGAGAGAGGAGCUACUGAAGUAUCAGCUGAUGGACGAAGAGGUAACAAGGUUGAAAGGACGACUGCAAGAAAUGGAAUUGUUAGAACAGAAACUCAACAGCCAACUGAAGGAGGCAGAAUCCAUCCUGAAAAGAGAAAGGAAUCUACAGAGAGAGGAGGAAGAGCUUCUUAAGAUUCAGGCCCUAAAUGUAGCACAGAAAGAGUGUGUGACAGAGAGACAGGUGGCUGAAGAAAAGCGGCAGAGGCUCCAAGAGGAAGUGGAAAGAUGGAGGAAGCUGGUGAAAGAGAGAGAGGAGGAGGUUGAGGAAGUGCAGGAAAGACUAGAAAAGGUUCUGAAUCAGAAGGAGAGAGAGCAGAAACACCUAGCAUUGCAGCUGGAAGAACGGAAAGCUGAACUGGAAAGACUAAAGGAGGAGAUGGAAGAACUGCAGAAGGGACAGCAUGUUCUGUUAGAGGAGAGAGGGAGCCAGGUGGAGAAGUUGGGCCAUGAAGUGAAGGAGCUUGAAGAUGAGAGAGAUCAUCUUGUUGCUGAGCUAUGGAGGAGGGAGCGAGAAUCAGAGGCCCUGAGGGAUGAAGCAGAGAGAGUGAGGAGAGGAAAGGAGAUGGCAGAGUCUUCUCUGACACGGGCUGAGAAAGAGUUGAGGGAGUCUCAGAAAAAAGGCAAUGCAAUGGCAACUCAGCUGACCACACUGAAACAGGAAUUAGUGACACUAAAAAGGAUACAUGAUCAGUCUAGAAUGGAGGUCAAAGAGCGAGAGGUGGAGAACCAGAAGAUGCGGGAAGGGUUGAAAGUUGGGGUGCAAGAGAUGGCUACUCUGAAAGAACUGCUAGAACAAAGUAACCAUGAAGGGGAGAGACUGAGAACCCUUCUUCAGGAAAAGAAAGAGGAAUUGGUGAAAAGUAGAGAUGAAAGGGUCCAAGUGCUACGAGAAGAAUUGGAAGAGUUAUAUAACAGGAUUGGGUUGUUUGAACAAGAGAAGCAGGAGCUUGAGAUAAAACUUGAAAGGCGGUUACAGUUAGGGAAGGAUGGAGUCCAAGAGAAGGAGAAGAUGGAAACACAGCUACUGAAGAUUGAGGACGAGCUCAGAGCUACAUUGGGAGAGAAGGAAGCAGAGGUGACCAGGACAAGAGCAAAGCUUGAUGUUUUAGAGGGAGAGAGAAACAAGUUCAGCACCUUAGCAGGUGAGAAAAGCGAAGAGGUCUUAGCACUUAGUGAGAUGGUGAAAAAACUGGAGAAGGAGCUGGUAGAGGUGAGAAAGGAACGAACUGAAGAGGCUCAAGUGUGGAAGCAACAGAUUAAUGCUCUGACGAACUGGGAAGAGAAACUGCAUCUGAGAGCUGACAGAGAAAGGGAGAAAGAGAGAGAUGAGGGGAAUUUUGAGGGGGAGAAAGAGAGGCACAUUAAACUAUUAAUGGCAAAGCUGAGUGAGAAGGAGCAACAGAUGGAGGGCAUGAAAGAGCAAGUUCAGGAGGAGGAGAAAAGACGGGAAAGACUUAAAAGAGCUGCAGAGGAAAGGGAGAAGCAGGCUGAGUUAGUGACAAAUAUACUGAGAGACAGAGAAAAAGAAGUGCAGAGGCUUGUAGGGUUACUGGAGGAGAGGAACAAGUAUAUAAAUGAACUCAAGGAAAAAAUGAAAGAGCUGCAGAAGGAGAGGGAGAAAGAGGAGAAGGAAAGGGAGAGAAGCAAGCAGAGAGCGCUGGAGAAGGGGCAGCAUAAUAUAAAGAAACAGAGAGAAGAGAAGAGCAGAACUGAAACAAUUCAGAAAGAAGAAAAACACAAGGUUCUAGAAGAAGCUCUACAGCAGAUGGAGAGAGAGAAGGAACGACUGUUAGAGAAGCUGGGAAAGAAAGAGAGUAUAGCUGAAAUGUGGAAAAAGAGGGCUGAGGUGAUAGAGGCAGAGAUGGAAUGGCUGCUUUCUGGAGUGGGAGGGAGACAGGGGGGGUCACAGAUGGGCUCAGUAGACGAGGGUAGUAGCCCUAGGGAAAGUCACCUGAAAAAGUUACAUGAACGAGUAUCCACAUUCCUCCAGGAAAGAGAGGACGAUAUCAGGCAUUUAAAUGAAAGGGGAUCUGAGGUGUAUGCUCUGAAAGCGAGGGUAGAAGAACUUAAGGAGGACAGGCAGCGGAUACGAGCAGCACUGGAAGAGACCGAGGCAGCACUGGUGCAGUAUCGUGAUAAAGCCAGGCAGCUGGAGAGGAAGCUGAGAGGCAGGCAGGAAGUCGUCUCAAGAGCAACACACACCGAGGGACAAUGGCUAGAGAGACAUAGCAGCGAUGAUACAGCAGGUGGCGCUCAGUUGCAAGAACGCUUAUUAGCCAUGCAGCAAGCUGUGGCACAGCUGGAGUUUGAGCAGAAGCAGCUUCGUACAAGAAAUUUGCAACUAGAGCAGCGUAUUGUGAGACUGAGAGCCCAGAGGGGGCAGCUGAGGGAGACUCUGACGCAGGUGGAAGAGGAGAGAGUGAAAUUGCGUCGUCAGUUGUCGCACUCAGGCAGCGUUGCAGGGGAGAACUCCACUACGCAGAGGAAGGCUGGUCUCUUACAAGAAGAAAAGAAGACAGAGGACCUGAGAGCUCGUGUGAAAGAGCUGGAGGAACAGGUGCACUUCCUCAGGUUGACCUUAGCAGUGGAUCACAGAGAAAGGGCAGAGUUUAUCGAACAUGCUUCUCGGAACAACGAUUGGCUGGUGUCUCUCAGACAGGACCUAAGUGACUCUUUGGCUGUGGUCUCCCAGAGGCCCCUCCCAUCUGUGCUAGAGGCUGAAACGCAGCGAUUGGACAGGAGUCUGAGGGAGGAGGAGCUGCGAUUAUCUCUUAGCUUCUCCUAACUGCUCAGUGAAUUACUGAAUUAUAGUUAAAAAUUAUAAAUGACAGUUACUAUGAGACAUUAGCUGCAUUAAAUUUAAAUGUGUAUUGUACUCUGUAAAUGUGUACAUUUAUGCUCUGAAAACAUGGAUCCUGAGUCCUUGGUAAUAUAAUUAAAAUCAAAAAUGUAAAACAUUUUACAUACUAAAACAAUGCUAAUUUAAUACAUGUACUUAUAUUUAUGAUUCUUUUUUAAUAAAUCUGCAAGUUUUUGACGCAAAAUAAAUCAGAA